AACAGUCCGAGCAGCUUUCAGAAUGACAGUCUGCAGAAGUGAGCUGAGCGUGUGCGCUGUACGGGGCUCUCCUGCCUUGUGGGCUCCUUCGUAGCUCUGUGGCUGAACUGGGUGCUCACCACGGGAACUGCUGGGCUAUGGAAUACAGAUGUGGCAGCUCAGGUAGCCCCACGUUGCCUGGAGGAAUACAUCAAGCUUUCUGAUAAGAAGAAAUUGUAGAAGCCAGUUCUGUAACCCCCCCCCCCCCAAGAAAAAAAAAAAAAAACUGUAAAGAUGCAAAAACGUAAUAUCCAUGAAGAUCCUAUUACCUAGGAAGAUUUUGAUGUUUUGCUGUGAAUGCGGUGUUGGGAUUUAUUUGUUCUUGGAGUGUUCUGCGUGGCUGGCAAAGAAUUAUGUUCCAAAAUCGGUCCAUCUCCCAAGGGGUCCAAUUUUUCUUCCUGGGUGUCAGCGAGCCCUGACUCACUACAGUGCAGCUGACAGGGGCUGUCAUGCAAGUGGCCCCCUAAGCCAAAGCAAAGGACCUAAGGACGACCUUUGAACAAUACAAAGGAUGGGUUUCAAUGUAAUUAGGCUACUGAGCGGAUCAGCUGUAGCACUGGUUAUAGCCCCCACUGUCUUACUGACAAUGCUUUCUUCUGCUGAACGAGGAUGCCCUAAGGGCUGUAGGUGUGAAGGCAAAAUGGUAUAUUGUGAAUCUCAGAAAUUACAGGAGAUACCCUCAAGUAUAUCUGCUGGUUGCUUAGGUUUGUCCCUUCGAUAUAACAGCCUUCAAAAACUUAAGUAUAAUCAAUUUAAAGGGCUUAACCAGCUCACCUGGCUAUACCUUGACCAUAACCAUAUCAGCAAUAUUGACGAGAAUGCUUUUAAUGGAAUACGCAGACUCAAAGAGUUGAUUCUGAGUUCCAACAGAAUCUCCUAUUUUCUUAACAAUACCUUCAGACCUGUGACCAAUUUACGGAACUUGGAUCUGUCCUAUAAUCAGCUGCAUUCUCUGGGAUCUGAACAGUUUCGAGGCUUGCGGAAGCUGCUCAGUUUACACUUACGGUCUAACUCCCUGAGAACCAUUCCUGUGCGAAUAUUCCAAGACUGCCGCAACCUGGAACUUUUGGACCUGGGAUAUAACAGGAUCCGAAGUUUAGCCAGAAAUGUCUUUGCUGGCAUGAUCAGACUCAAAGAACUUCACCUGGAGCACAAUCAAUUUUCCAAGCUCAACCUGGCCCUUUUCCCAAGGUUGGUGAGCCUUCAGAACCUUUAUUUGCAGUGGAAUAAAAUCAGUGUCAUAGGACAGACCAUGUCCUGGACCUGGAGCUCAUUACAAAGGCUUGAUCUGUCAGGCAAUGAGAUCGAAGCUUUCAGUGGACCUAGUGUUUUCCAGUGUGUCCCAAAUCUGCAGCGCCUCAACCUGGAUUCCAACAAGCUCACAUUUAUUGGUCAAGAGAUUUUGGAUUCUUGGAUAUCACUCAAUGACAUCAGUCUUGCCGGGAAUAUAUGGGAAUGCAGCAGAAAUAUUUGUUCCCUGGUAAACUGGCUGAAAAGUUUUAAAGGUCUGAGGGAGAAUACAAUAAUCUGUGCCAGUCCCAAAGAGCUGCAAGGAGUAAACGUGAUCGAUGCAGUGAAGAACUACAGCAUCUGUGGCAAAAGCACCACGGAGAGGUUUGAUCUGGCCAGGGCUCUCCCCAAACCAACGUUUAAGCCCAAGCUCCCCAGACCAAAGCAUGAGAGCAAGCCCCCUCUGCCCCCCACGGUGGGAGCGACAGAGCCAGGCCCAGAGACCGAUGCUGACACGGAGCACAUCUCUUUCCAUAAAAUCAUCGCAGGGAGCGUGGCCCUUUUCCUGUCCGUGCUCGUCAUCCUGCUCGUUAUCUACGUGUCAUGGAAGCGGUACCCUGCAAGCAUGAAACAGCUGCAGCAGCGCUCCCUCAUGCGAAGGCACAGGAAAAAGAAAAGGCAGUCACUAAAGCAAAUGACUCCCAGCACCCAGGAAUUUUAUGUAGAUUAUAAACCCACCAACACGGAAACCAGCGAGAUGCUGCUGAACGGGACAGGACCCUGCACCUAUAACAAAUCAGGCUCCAGGGAGUGUGAGAUACCUUUAUCUAUGAAUGUGUCAACCUUUCUGGCAUACGACCAGCCCACAAUAAGUUAUUGUGGGGUGCAUCAUGAGCUUCUCUCUCAUAAAUCCUUUGAAACGAAUGCACAGGAAGAUACGAUGGAAACACACCUAGAGACUGAGCUGGACCUGAGCACAAUCACAACAGCUGGCCGAAUCAGUGACCAUAAACAGCCACUGGCUUAACUGAGCUGACUAGUGGCCAAGGGUUGCUACCAAACUUUGUAACCUCAAGGACAAAAUGAGGAAGAUCUGUUCAUUGUGACUCUGAAAAACAAAACAAAACAAAAAUCCCCUGUUCAAAUAAAACAAAAAUCAAGAUUGAUUCAUGAAAUAAAGAAGACAUGAAUUGUUUCAAGUCUACACUUUGUAAUUAGCUAAGUUGUGCAGUAUUUUUUUGACUUAAAGAGUAUGACCCUGAAAAAAAAAAGAAUCGAUUUUUCAAAACUCAUCCUACCUACGUGUAAAAACUGUACAGAGCUAAUGUAUUUUUCAUAUUGUAAAGUUUCAAUUAUAGAAACAACUGGUAUGUACAGUACCAUAAUUUAAUUACAUUUUACUUUACAAACUUUACACAUUUCAGUUUCUAAAAUUUUAAAUUAACAAAAAUUAUUUCUUGUGUUAUUCAAAGUUACUCAGUUUUGUAGGGACUGUUUUGUUACUGCUUUUGUGCCCAGAAACCUUGACUCUAAAAUUCUGUGCUGUGCAAAAUAUGCACGAUUUUUAUCAUGCUUACUGCGUAGAAUUUUAUCUACUUGUUCCAGAAAUAAUACAUUAACCAAAAAGGAUUUAAUUGUUCAGACUUGUAAGAGGUUCUUCAAUUACAUAGACAGGUUUUUCUUAUAAAUGAAAAAAAAAUCAAAAGAUUUUUUUAACAGUUCUUCUCAGAUUUAACUGUUGCCUUGAAUUACAGCCUAGUUUCUAAGCAGUGAAAUGUAAUGAUAAAGAGGGAUAUUUUAACAACAUAUUUCCGAAUGAAUGACUCAUUAUUUCAUUCUUUUGAGUAACCAUUGUUAAGGGUUGGGGGGAGAAGUAUGGACAAGACAUCACUGGGAAACAAAGGCCGUAACCACAGCAACAGACUUUGAUACACUUAAAAGGUGCAGCUGCCAGUGACAAAGAAAAACUUUUGUUACAUCUCAUUAUUUUCAGGCCAAGGUGGGAGGAAUAGAGCAUAAUAACUGUACAGUAGCAAUUUUUCUUCUAAUUAACCCAAAGCGGUUUACCUAAAAAUAACCAUCAAGUCAGUGCAAAAUGUGCCUGGUUCUUAAGACAACUUUUCAUUUAGAACUCUGAGACUAUUUUGGGAACUUCUCAAAGGAAAAAUAUGAAAUUUUUGUCAUUGUGUGCUACAUCCACUGCUCCUGAGGGACAACUUUAAACAUCUAUAAUUCAUUCAAUAUAGAAGUGAGCCAUGGUGGAGAAAUGUAUCACUCAAUUAGAUUAUAAACAUCCAUAUUAUGUUCCAAAUUGUUUACAUUGUCCUCCAUAAUGGAAUUCACCUCCAAAUUAUCUGAAAAAUAACUGGGAGUAAUUGAAUAUCAACCCAGGUCCUAUAUUGAUUAUGCAACUGUGUUAUAAAUACAAAUCAAAUUAAGAAAACCUGACAUUUCAGAGGCUGGAAUGAUCAACUUGUUUCUGUUGUUUACCUGACACAGAUUAUUGUUUGACAACAUUGUUACUAUGAAAAUCACACAUUCUUUUUGGUGUUUGAGUAUUUUUUAAAAAAAUAUAAAACUGCAAGUUUCAAUUACUGUUGCACUAGAACAAAUGCUUUUUUAUAUUGUAAUUUUAUAUUUAUGAUGUCAAAAAUAGAUUGAAUAUAUGUCAGUGUAACAGGGGUCAAAUACAAUCAAAGCAACAAAGAAAAUAAUUAGAAGCAUCAAUGUCAAACUUAAUUUUUUAUCUUUUCCAAAGAAAUCAUAUCUACAAAAUCUAGUUUUAUGCAGGUUAUCACAACAAAUUGAAGAGCAACUUCAAGAAAAAUAAACUUAAAAUUGUAGCGCAAAAUUUUUUUUUGCAAAUACACAAAAUCAAAGAAAAAAGGGAUGUAAAGGUUUGAAGAAAUAAACUACUAUUAAUUUAAAUGUAACUAAAUGUGAAACCCCUGAUAUUUAGCAUAUCAGAUUUUGUAAUAUAUUUUGCAUAAAUUAUUUG